AUGAAAGCCGGUGGAGCUGCUCGGGGACAGCAGCCCUGUUCGGGCUCCAAUACCUCUCUUCUCGAAGACAUUCCUGAGCUGAACAUCCUUAUCCUGGGCCAGAUAGGAGUCGGCAAAUCGACUUUCGUCAACGCAAUCUUGAACUAUAUCAAAUACGAUUCGCUCGAUGAUGCAUUGAGAUCGCAGAGAGUGCAGUGCGUUAUCCCUACGUCCUUCACUUGGCAGCGCCUUGUCAGGGGCGACUACGUUCCGAAGGUCAUUUCCGUACAGCCCAAUGCCGGCGACUACACAGCCAGUCCUCCGCAGAGCCAGGAAGAGGCAAAACCAGGUCAAUCGGCUACACGAGGCAUCGGGCAAUACACAGUUCCACUGGGAAACACAUUGGUGCGGCUUAUCGACACACCGGGCAUUGGCGACAUUCGCGGCGUAUCACGAGAUAACGACAUCAUAGCCAAAAUCACGGAAAGCCUUGGUUCCCUAGAAGUUCUUUCUGGUAUCGUCAUUUUGCUAAAACUGGACGAAGCAAGACUCACUGGUAUGCUGGCGUACUGUCUGAAGGAAUUAUUCACCUUUUUUCACCGCAAUGCUGCCAAGAACAUUGUUUUUGGAUUUACCCACUCCAGGGGCAUUUCCUUCCAGCCCGGUGCAACUUACGCAAAAUUGCAGCAAAUGCUGGAACGCGAUCCAAUAUCGGGACUCCAUGUUGGACCCGACGUCACAUAUUGCUUCGAUUCGGAAGGUUUCCAAUGCCUUGCUGCUCAUUGCGCUGGUGUCAACAUUAAAGAGAUGGGUAAAGUACGGGACUACAGAACCAGCUGGAAGAAAUCUGCCGCCGAGGCGUUACGAAUGUUGAUGCAUUUUCGACCUUCUAUCACGGCGCCACAUCGUACUGUGGAAACCUUGGAUUUAUACUGGUCGAGAUGGGCGAUGUGGCGACUUGUAAGAUCAUCAAAGGAGAUUUCAAAGACCACACAGAGCAACGUCGAAUUGCAACGAGAUGAAGAACGAAAUCUGAAAGAGGCGUUGCUACGGUGUGAUGAGCUUGAGAAGGUGCGGUGUCUCAGUGAAGCGAUCCAUAAAUCAGAGCAGCAAGAUGUACCCAGCGUUGUCUGCUCACACCCCGACUGUACUGUUGUCAGAGAUGGCCACGAGCAGUAUAAGAGUAUUUGCCACGACGAUUGCUUCUGCGCCGACAUACCGAUUGGGCAGCGUUAUUGUACGUCGAUCGUGCGUUGCAAGGCGUUCAUAGGUCAAAACGGUGCGUUUGAAAAAGUCUCGUCUGGGGACACGGCAAUCCGAAGGCGCAUUCAGAUGAAUGAGCAGGGCGCCGAGCACAUCAAGAAGCGCAUCCGCGAGCAGCAGAGGAUUGUUGACCAGUACAGAUGCGAGAUUAAACCCUUCCAUGUCUUCGCCAAUCAUCUCGCAGGCGUCAUCGAGAGAGACUCAAUCAAGCCGUGGAAUAAUUCGACCCUGGGCUAUCUGGAUUGUCUCAUCGACGCGGAAAGAGGGAAGGUCGAAACCGGUGCAUCCAACAAGCAACUGCAGAAGCUUCUAGCUGAACGCUGCGAGCACAAAGAGAAUACUGGGGCUUUGAUCAAGGGUAACGACAAUGUGGUUCUUGAACCACAGAGCCUACAAAAUCUGAUGGCUGAGCUAAGUUCGUUGGAGCUGACCCGUCCGUUUUGGGACCGCGUUUGGGAUUCGUCUUCAGACAUCAAAUGUGCGAGUUCCAGCGAUACAGAAGAGCGUGGUUUAGAGCCGGACUCAGACAUCUCCCCCAACGCCAGCGGCCUCAAACGCUGCCGUCAGUGGCAGCACGGUCCUACUCCUGACGAAUACGGCCAUCCGGACUGGUACAAGAGCAGGUGGGCUCACUAG